UAGAUAGAUCAUUCGGUAUCGUGUUUUUUUUUUCUCCACGUUGAAUUUUCGUAUUUUCUGUUUCAGUUUUUAUUUUAGUUUCAUUUUAUAAUUCGAAAAAUACAUUGCUUCACCGUUUUCAUUUUUCCUUCUCCAUCUCCAACUUGUUUGUCCUCUCUAGACAAGAACACACUUUCCAGAAGAUAAAAUCUUAUCAUGUACAAUCUCCUCAAUUCAUUUCUGUUUUAUUUCUUCCUCUUUUCCUUAUUUAACCAUCUUCCUUGUGCUCUAAGUCAACAAGACCAUACGUUAUGUGAGACUAUGUUUCACUGUGGGAACAUCACAGCUGGUUUCCCUUUCUCAGGUGGGAACCGUCACGAAAGUUGCGGUCAUUCAUUGCUCAAGCUUCGCUGCAGCAAAAACACAACGUCUUUAAUCAUCUCAAACCAUCCGUACGAGGUUCUCCACAUAGAUGAAGCAUCUAAAACUCUUAGAAUUGCCAUAGCAGAUCUUCGAGAUUCCUUUUGCAACGCUACAUUCGCAGAUGCAACCUUGCCUCCCGAAAUAUUUGAGCUUUCGCAGAUGUACAAGAACCUCACUGUUUUCCACCACUGCGACUCUAAGUUUCCUUACCGUUCGAGUUAUACAUGUCCUGGUAUAGGUCCUAUCGUAGUGUCUGAAACCCGUGACCGUGAUUUUCAUGACUCCUGCGGUGAAUGUUUCACAGUUAUCGUUCCUAAGAGCUUUGUUCCGGAAGAGAAAGAGUUGAACAUGACUAAUUUGGAAAGUGUUUUAAGUAAAGGAUUUGAGGUGAAGGUGAAGAAGAUUGAUGAGAAAGCGUGUCAAGAAUGUUCAUCCAAUCAUGGAACCCAUCAACCUAGUGGUAUGUUUCUUAUAUAACCUCAUCGUUUCAUAGUCAUCUCCUUUAUUAAUUAUACGGGUUAAGACCCGCGCCUUACGCGGGAUAAACAUUAUAUAUAUAAAUUAUUUUAUAUAUUAUAUGUUUAUAACAUAUUAUGAAAUAAUAAAUAUAUAUUGAAUAAUUAAAAAGUCAUUAUCUACUACUUAUAUAAUUAAAUUGGUGCGAACAUAAAAAUAAAUUUUACAAAUCGAAAAAUAUUUUUUCUAUUUUAUAUGAUA